UUGAAGUAGCCUGCUUGAUUUCCUUUGCAACGUGUUUUGUUGUCUAUGACAUUUCCUACACAGCGGAAGUACGUGAAGGCAGCAUCCUCACUGCAGCCGUUAUAUGAUGGUAGGCUGGAGACACGGAUGGUUGGGGCCGUCCCCGUCUCUAACCUGGACAUGAAAGUGGAACCGAUUCGGACCCGGUUAUAGAGCCGAGCCACGCUGCGCUUUUAUUUAUCUGUUGUUGCUCUUAAGGAUAUCCAGUUAGCAAAAAAAAAAAAAAAAAAAAAAGACAAAAAAAUGGAAGACGACUAUGUGUGUGAGUACGACUCGACAUGGGACACAGAGAGUGAUGGAGACGACCCUGCCGGAGAGAGCCAGAACCGUCGGUCAAAUCAAGACAAAAACAAGUCUUCCUGGGCUAUAUGGCAUACCCCUCCCAGAAAUAUAAGGGCGGCAAAAGACAUGCAGAACUACAGAAGAGGAUAUCCUAAUCUAACAGAUGAGUGUUCAGAGGACAAAAUGAAUAACCUACAAUUCUAUUUAAAUAAGUUUCCAUCUGCUCCUGACGAUGUCUAUAUUGAGUCCUUUCUGAAAGAAUGGAAAAAUGACUACAAAAAACUGGAGAGGGUUCACUCUUACAUCCAGUGGUUGUUUCCACUGCGAGAACCGGGGGUUAAUUAUAUGGCUUCAGAACUCACCAAGAAGGAAAUUGAGGCUUUCAAAGAGAAUGAUGAUGCCAAAAGAAGACUGGUGGAGGCUUAUGAACUCAUGUUGGGCUUCUACGGCAUACGUUUGGUCAACAAAAAGACCGGUGAAGUGAAGCGUGCAGAAAACUGGAAGGAACGUUUUGGAAACCUGGAGCGGAAUAUGCACAACAACCUCCGGAUCACCCGCAUCCUGAAGAGCCUCGGGGAGCUUGGCUUCGAGCACUACCAGGCUCCGCUCGUGCGCUUCUUUCUGGAAGAGACGCUGGUCAGGAAGACGCUGAGCAACGUCAAACGCAGCGUGCUCGACUACUUCCUGUUCGCCGUACGGGACAAGACGCAGCGCCAAGAUCUCGUGCGAUUUGCCUACCUCCAGUACGAGCCGAAGGACAAGUUUGUGUGGUGUCCCCGAAAGAUCCAGAAACAGUUCAGAAAGGCUGCCAAAAACUCCGAAGUCGUUGGGAACGGAGACGGCAAAGAGGACGUCUUUCAACUGGGUAAAAGCAAAGAUGGAGAAGCAGCAGGGAAUCAGAAAGAAGAUGGGAUGAAUAACAUUACUAAGACUGCGAAAGGAACGGAUAAAAGCAAAGAGAAAAGCAAACAGACUGAGGGGUCUCCCGAGCCAGCAGCAGAAGCCGAGGCUGUCGGAAAUGGAAAUGUGGAGGUUGAGUCUAAUAUUGGAAAUACGAGCAAUGGAAAUGAAUCUCCGGAUAACGAUCAAGAAAUGGAUCAGUCCCCAAGUCUAGACGCUACAAAGCAUGAGGCCGCCACAGACGGUGGUGAGCAGAAAUCUACCAGCAACUCUAAGGCCACCAUCCAAGAACUGGACGUUAUGCAAACCAGUGCGGACAGAGAAACUGAAAAACCUCCGAAAAAGAAACGAGAGGACGACGAGGUCCCGCCAAACGCCGAUCCCGCCGAGGGCUCCGCUGCUGCUGCCGCAGGCAACGCGGAGGACAAGGCUGCCGCUAAUAAAGCCGCAGGUCAAACAAGCCCGUCGGCGCACACUCCUCUUAAGACCUCAAAACACUCGCCCUCGCCGUCUUCUGAGAGGGAGGAAAAGAUCCCAAGGACUGAUUUUAUUCAGCCGUCGGAUAAAAGGGACGAAGAAAUGUCACAGGAAACCGUCUCAGCUUCAAACGGGAUGCAAAGCAACAAAGAAGGAGAAGAAGAACAGAGGAAUGGGACGGAGUCGGAGGACGUUCAUAUGGAGUCGACCCCCUCAAGCUCAGAUCAAAAUGAGGGAGCCUCAUGAAUAAGUAGUGAAAGAAGAAAACUCAGAUGGACUUAGAUUUAAUGUAUUAUAAGGACAGAAUAUGACUUUGAACAUUUUCUAGGCCUUAUUUCUACUAUAUUUGAUGUUAAGAUAUUAUUCAUUGGUUUUCACUUUAAAUGAAUUACGGUACUCUAUAUUUGGGUUUCUUAAACUUUCAAGACAAAGAUUUAAAAAAAAAAAAGACCAAAAGCAGCAAUAUGUUACUGAGAUGCCAUAUUUUAAGGCCUAGUCGCCAUGUUUCUGACUACUACAUGAAGUGGAAAACGGUUCUCUGACGCUGAGUUUUACAGUCGUAAUGAAGAUAAGCGAUUAAACGCUUGUGUAUAUUUUUAUCAGCAGAAUAAGGGCAUGGUUCAACUAGAAUUAAAGCUCCCGGGUUGAUUAGAUAUGAUGCAGAUUUGGCGUUUUUCUUUGAGUAUUGGAACAAUCUAUACCGAACAGUUUUACUACAUGCAUCUGCAUCGCAGCAAAGUUAAUUGAUUUUGGCAAUUCAGUUCACAGUGAAACCUGUAUAUUAUUUUCAAUAUUUCAAUGGUUUAAUUGUCUUAUUUUGAUUGUCGUGGCUUACCAAUAAAAAUCCAGACUUCUGCUGUUUAGGAAAUUUGAAUAGAAAAAUUAUUUCAAGCAGAAAUAUUUUCAUUUUGUACUGUACAUGUACUGAACAGUAUAGCCAUUCAAUACUUGGUCAGGCUGCCCUUUAAUUUGAGGGACUACAUCCGACCGCAUUGCACGAGGGUCAGAAUAUGUGUGUAUUACAUAAGACCAAAUAAAGCGGUUCAUUUUUCAAUCCCUCCACAGAGAAAGUCCCGCGUCAUUGCUAAAGAAGCUGGCUGUAUCCAAGUAGUUUAUGGAAAGUUGAGUGGAAGGAAAACAAGGGGUCAGAUGAAUUUUCACAAUAAACUAAAGCUGGCCACUAGAGACACUAGACCCACUAAUGCAGACUUCCUUAACGCAUCCGUAGAGCUCAGGCAGAUCACUUUCAUGUCACUGAUGCGGUAAUUAAUGUAAUAAGAUCCAAGUAUUAAGUUGGUAUACAGUACAACACAUUUUCUAGCAUAUAUCUAUAUAUUUAUUGGUCUUAUGUAAAUCCCUUUUCUGAGAUGUUGAAUUUUGGAUUUUCAUUAUCUGUAAGCCAAAAUGAUGAUAAGAAUAAUCAUAUUCAUAAUAAUUGCGACAUAGAUUCUAGUGAAAUGUGUCCUCUGCCUUUACGGGAGCUGUGGGGCGCCACUGUUCGGCAGCAUUCUGGGUCGAAUGAUCUUGCUCAGGGGCCCACAGUGGCAGUCAGUGUAAUAAAUCUAUGUGUUUCACUUUUUGAACUUAAUUACCUAAAUUAAUUAACUUUUAAAUUCAAAGUAUUUAGAUGCACCUCUAUUCCAUUUAGUGUGGUAAUGAACUGUCUGCGAGAGAAAUUUAAUAUCUACAAAGUGAAAUGUGGGUUUCAAACUUCUUUUUUUUAGUCAUUUAAUUUCAGCAACCUUUUUUGCACUGAGAAAUUGUUUUUUUACUAUUUUUUUGUUUUUGUUUUUUUUUUAUCAGGUUGUUUCUGUGUUUGUAAAACAACGUGCUGGUUUCUGUUCCUCCCAAUCCUGCUGUUCAACUAAAAUCAAGGUCAUUGACGUCACGUUUCAGACGACGCUGUCGUGCUGAUUUGGGAAGUCGGCUGCUGAACAAUUGAAAGCCUUGCCAAAAAAAAAACAAAAAAAAUGUGAUGAGACUGGUUGAUUGUACAAUGUGUUUGUCUUGAAUGGAAUGAUAAAACGCUUUGGCUGUAACUUAAACUCUGUAUGUUCCUCUGAGAUUGGUGCAUUCCUUGGAAACGAAAGCUCCAGCGUGAUCAGGCAUCGGUUUUAUAUUUGCACUGAUUUCCGCUGUGACUUGUUGAAGCUACUGUAUUUUACCCGAAUAGACCUUUAUAAUAAUUUCCCAGUUACACACCUGGCUGUCACGAGAGCUGAAUAAAGUCAUGCUAUUUUCUGAAACCGA